GCGUGCUCUCGACCGGGGGGUGGCGCGCACAGGAGGUGGCAGGCUCUGCUCUGGUGCGUCAGAGCCUGCAGUGAGCCCGGCAGUGAGGCGAAACGUUGGGCUCCGCGCGGGAGUCUCGUGGCCGCCCGUUUCUCUGAAGAGUCGGGGUGCCUUUUCCCACGAACCAUAAUUUACACGCCACGCUAUUCCCUGUCGUUCACUUGCCUAUUCACUUCCCUGUCUCCUAUCCGCCCGAGUUUUUUUCCUUCAGGACCUCUUAUCGGUUCGUCGCGAAAUUUCACGCACUUUUACAGCUGUUUGCGGUAAAAGCGCGCCAAAAUCGUACGGCAUGCACGUACGAUUUUCGGUAGGCAGCCCUUCUGAAGUAGUUCGGUAUAGAAAUAUUGUGAUUAGAUCGUGCGAUAAUCAUGGGAUUGACAACAUGUUUUUUUUGUGCUUUUUCGCGAUGAUAGGGUUGUCUCGCGGGAGUGCGGAUACUCUCCUCCCCUCCCUGGGUAGCACGCGCUGGAUGCUGCAAAACCGGCCGGAAAGACUUUAACGCUUUAAUCGAACAUCAAGCUGGUCAUCGUUUGAAAUCACUGUGAUCAUAAAUGAUUCUUUUUUGUUGUGCCAAGAUAUCAUUAAUUUGCGGAUUGAAAGUCAUAACCAGUGAUUUAACGUUCAUCAGAAGGAAGAAAAAACAUCGAAGAAUAAUUGAUCAAGAAGUGACGAAAACGACAGUGACGUCUUGAACGUCGCUGUGAAAUCAACCGUUAGAAGCGAGGGAAACGCGAGUGCAAGUGCACAACAGGACGGUGGUGGUGUUCAGGCAGGGAGUGCGGGGCCGGCAAAGCCUUGUGACGAAAACGAAGGAUUAGAUGGUGGAGGUGCUCGGAGGCCGGGCUAGGGAGCCUACGGGGCCGCACAGGGCACCUCGCACCUACCCAGGGCUAGUGCAGCUGCAGGUGCGCCGUGUGGGCCCCCGCAAGAACAUAAAGGUCACCUCUGUGACCCAGAAAGACUCGAAGAGUCGCGGAAUUUGUGUUGAGACGAGCUCUGAAAAGGGCCAGGUACGUCCCAAGCUCAUCGCGCGGUACGUACAAGGCGCAAAGAACGAGAAACUCCCGUCGGAAAAGAUUGAUCCGACGGGACAAGACGAAACGGAGAAGGAGGACGUUAGUCCUAGUGGACGGCCGUUCGCGGCCAGAUUCAAGUACAAGUCGGAGCCCGAUCCGGGCUCCUGUAUAAGAAGCGAGGCUGGCGAGCGCAAUGUGGCAGAGCGGUGGCAUGGGCACCCAUGCGGCCAACAACCCAUGGAUGAAGUUAAUGGGCAUCGUCCACAAAGAACGGAGACAUCACGACUCGGGGUCCACCGCCGCCGCUGCCGCUUCUGGAGUGCAGGGUUCAGCGACCACCGGCAGCAACGAUCGGACGCUCAACCAACAAAAGUUUUGGGACUUUGA